AUGAAUGACACCGCAAGCCGGAACCUGGGCAGAAUCAAGGAAGACUACAAAGCCCUGGGGAUGCAAGCAAAAAGUAUUGGUGCCCAAGUUAUCUUUUCUUCCAUUUUACCAGUUAGAGGAAAGGGUUUAGCCAGAAAUAGAUGUAUAAUGCAAAUCAACUUCUGGCUUCGUGGCUGGUGCCGUUGUGAGGGUUUUGGCUUUUAUGACAACGGGACAUUCUUCGAUGACUAUAGCCUGUUAGGGAGGGAUGGUAUCCACCUGUCUAGAAGAGGCAAGGGAAUCUUUGGCAGCAGUCUGGCCGGCUUGGGCGAUUGUGGCAGCCCUAUCGAAUGCCUCUGGGUCAAGAUCAGAGGGGUCGUCUCCAAGGGGGAUCUUACAGUAGACAUCUGCUACCGACCUCCAAACCAAGAUGAUAAGGCCAAUGAAGCAAUAUUUGGGUCACUUAGAUGGGACAAGGCUUCUGAGACUCAACGGACAUGGGAUCGCAGGACCUCCAGCCGGCACCGAGAUUUCUCGGGGAGACCCUUGAUCCCCGUUCCCCGGGCUCACAAGCCAAGGCCACUGGACGGUUACCAAAAGCAGAAGAUCAUACCAGUCGAAGUAAAUAAUGCUGUAAUUCCAGUCAUCUGGGCUGGGGAAGUUCCUGGUAAAUCCAAAAGAGCAGCGCCUGUGAGAAUUGAUUUAAAGCCAGGAUCGAGUCCGGUAAGAAUUAAACAAUACCCCCUAAAACUGGAAAGUCGGAAAGGGUUAGUACCGAUAAUACAAAAAUUUCUAAAGUACAAAUUGUUAAUAGAAUGUGAAUCCAAAUAUAACACCCCAAUCUUGCCUGUUAAAAAGGCUAAUGGAAAAGAUUACAGGUUAGUUCAAGACCUCAGAGCGAUAAAUCAAAUAGUACAAGAUAUUCAUCCGGUAGUAGCAAAUCCUAAUACUUUGUUAACAACCCUAACAGAGAAACAAGAAUGGUUCACAGUGUUAGACUUAAAAGAUGCCUUUUUCUGUAUUCCCUUGGAUCCCAAUGGUCAAGAGCUGUUGCUUUUGAAUGGGAAAAUCCUGAGACUGGGAGAAAAACGCAAUAUACAUGGACAGUCUUGCCUCAAGGCUUUAAGAACAGCCCUACCAUUUUUGGAAAUCAAUUGGCACGAGAACUAGAGAUUUGGAAGAAAGAAAAUAAUGAAGGGAUCUUGUUGCAGUAUGUGGAUGGUCUGUUAAUUGCAGCCGAGACAGAAGAACAAUGCACAAAGUUAACUAUUAGCCUUUUGAACUUUUUGGGAAUCAGUGGAUAUCGAGUGUCAAAAGAAAAAGCCCAAAUAACCCAGAAAGAAGUAACUUAUUUGGGUUUUGAAAUCCUGAAAGGACAGAGACAAUUAGGAACUGAGAGAAAGGAGGCAAUUUGUUGUCUCCCUGAACCUAAGACUCUAAAAGAAUUGCGAGCAUUUCUGGGAAUGGUUGGGUGGUGUCGCCUGUGG